UGAAAAAUUCUAAUGAUCGCAAUUAUAUUCAAACAGAACAUUUCAUUCAUAACCUUGAAAAUAAGAUGAAGGAGACCAACAUCCAUAUUAUAAUUUUAUUUAGAAAUAGGUAAUUGUUCGACCAGGAUUUGUCACGCCAUAGGCAUCUUUCACGCAAAGUGUCAAUUCAGUUACAGAAAAGAAUCACAGGUGAUUUGAAGUGGAAAUAAUGUCUCAAAGGUUAUACGGAAAAGUGGUUAUCUUGUUCUUCGCAGUUUCUUGUUCAAAUUCCAUUGGAAUAGACGACAAACUAGAUUUCGGUAAUACUAGAAGCCACCCAUCAUUCAGAAAUUCUGAGACUGGUCGAAGAAACUCGUACGAACUUCCAGCUAAACAUAGGGCUGUAGUGGCAAAAGUUGAAACCAACGAUAAUUUUGAUCAAUUGGGAAUUGUAUGUAUAGAAGGAGGAUGUAACAAAACGGAAUUGAGUAACGAUUCAAGGAACACAGUGAAAACUGAUGUUCUGGUUCACAUCGAAACAAAAGUUGAUCUAAAUCAAAAUAAAACAGGUUCAGUUGGUGAAACUCCAGAUGUACCUGUUGUUAUUGGAUACAAGGGUGCAAAUUUCGAUAACACGAAUAAUAAUGAACCUGGCCUCAAUAAUCGACCAAUUCCAACUUUUACACCUCAGUCAUCUUACGAACCAAAACACUUUUCCGUUGGAACAGAUUUGAACAGACAGCAUACAGUACAAACUUAUGGUCAAUCGUACCAACCAGUAUAUUAUCAAAAUGGAGCAUCUUUCAACAAACCUCCAAGUAGGUCGAUGUAUGAACACGUAUACUCGCCAAAAACCCAAUCUUACUAUCCAGUCACCAACCCCUUAAUCGCUCCACCUUUAGCAACAAAUCGAAGAACAGAUUCUGAGGGCUAUAUCCCUCCUCUACAAAGCCAUGACAUGUUCAAUAUGAACCCGCAAGUUAAUAUUAACAUAAAGACUCUUCCUCCCGUGGCUGUUGGUAUCUCUGACAACACUCAAAGUAAUGUGGUAGAAACCCAAUAUAUGUCAAAUGGUAUCGAGUUGACAGUACCAUAUUUUGAACCAUCACAUCAUAGUCACUAUUUUGGUGAACAUCCACCACCGCAGGUGAUUUAUUCUGAUAAAAAAUCCAGCAACUUUAACCCUGUUGAAUUUAAGCUAAACAGGCCCACCUGGAAUCCCUCUACCUGGUAUAAUCAAGUAUCAUCUCACAUACAUUCCGUCACUCCUCAGGGUCAGAAUGUGAAAUGUGUUUGUCAAAAUGGAUAUGUUCAACCUGGUAUGAAUUGGUAUUCUGAUACAAAUAGAAGGGUAUCAGGUGGCACUCCAGGUUUGGGAUUCAUGGAUAAAAAAGGGGAUCCAGGUUCACAAAUAAAUGACAAGCUAGCUCCUUUGAAUUGAUACUCUUAUGGCAGAUGCAUUAACAUUUUUUUCAAUAAUACACACCUUCCAGUAUUGUAUAUUAUUCUUUGUUGACGUCAAUAAAAUUAACUUUAAUAUGUGUCAA